AAUGCUCUGACACCAGGCUGUUCAAACCGCUGAGAGAAAGAGGGAGAGAGCGAGUCAUACUUUCCAAAAACUCACCAUGUGUAAUUUGACUUCACUUGCACCAGCGACGGACUAAACUGCGUACGUCUCCGGAAUUUUCUUCUAUAAGGCCCAGUAGCCUUGCUUGCCAGGCUAAUAGACACACUGCUGGGGAACAAGACUAGUCCAGCUACAUUGUGAUGAAGUGGCUCCACGAUGGAACAACUAGCUGGGCUUGGCUCUGCCUCUCCUGUUGCCUCCUGAGUGCCUGGUGCCCGGUGGGGGCAGAGGUGGGACCCACGCCCGACCCUGAGUCAGGGGAGCCCAUGCAGGGAGACUGGGAGUGGGGCUCCGGUUCCUUCAACCUUCAGGAUCUACUCCACAGCUUCCCCGCCGACAGCCCAUUUGUGACAGAGACUCCGGGGAAUCCUGUCAACUGCUCCCAGCGCUUCUGGCUGCCCUCUGCCUCCCCAGUCUGCUGGGACGACAUCGCCGGGCCGGAGGAGUUUGAGCAGUCUCGUCUGCUGGUGCUCCAGAAUAGGGCGGCCCUGCAGGCGGUGUCCCUGGCCAGCGAGGUGGUGGUAGAAGGGGGAACUUCAGCCUCGUUUAAACAGCAGGCCUUGGAGGACUUGCAGGUGGUGAGGGCGGACUACCUGAACGUGACAGAGACGACAGAGACCAUGCAGAAGGUGUUCCUCACACUGGAGGAGAAGAGGAAGGAGGGGACUGAGCACUGGACAUUCUCAAGUAUAAAGGAGCACAUUGCCAAAACGAAGGACUCCAUCAACGGAAAAGACAACGUGGCAGCCCUCCUAGAGAAACAGUUCUCUAGCCUAGAGAAGUCUUUACACGUCAUGCAACUCCGACUUGACAAACUAAUGGCACAGUGAAUGUGUUCUUCAGGAUAUUUUUUUGAAUGAACUGUACCAUCAUGUAAUAUAUCCCACUAACAAUGCAUGCAAACUCAGGUUAAAAAACCCUUUACAAAACAUGAGGUGCACUUUCUUUGUAUAUGAACUAGGUAUUUUAUUCUUCCGUAGUCACAUUCCUAUCUGAAACCCAAACUGCAUGCAAAGCCUACAGCAUCAGGGAGAUUUUGAUGGAAAUAAAAUAUUUUUAUACUCAGCAUGCA